CAGCCUUAGCAAGCUUGUGACCUUCUAUGACAAAUUGGACCAUGGCAUUUGAGAAGGGAUUUGGUUGGGAUUGUUAAAUGUGUGCCAAAAAGAGAACCACUUCUCAUAUUUUUUCAACCAAGUAGCACUAUAUUUGGACUGGAAACAGCCUGUGGAUGAGCAGGAAUAACCAUUAGAAGGCAAGUGAGAGGUUUCAAGCUGAUAUUACAGACAAGGAAGAAACAACUUGAACGUAUCUGGGCAAGUUUCCAUACCGAGUCAAGCAACACUUUUUCCCAUGACAUCAGAUUCAAAACAAUAAUAUAUUAUAGUCCAUAUGUUGAUUAAAGAAAACCCAAGCUGUGCAGAAGCAUGCACUGGCCUAUUGAACACCAACUGAACAAAAGAUGGAAUGCCUGCAAGCCGUGGAAUUAAUCAAACAAAUAAAAAGACCCAAGUUUUCAGGAUAAGGAGCCUGGGUAAUACUUCUCACGAAGAUGAGGUUGUGAAUCCUGAGGCAAAGUUCUUCAAGAGAAGAGCUAUAAUCCAGACACCUUCUGCUAUAUCUGAUCUGAACUUAUCUCCUUCAUGUUUGCUAUCCUGAACCAAGUUCAGAGUCUAUGCAGCACAUGAAGAUGCAGCUAUGCUAAAGGCUGUAGAAACACAUGGCUGUGGGCAACCCCUGACUCAGAAACCUAACAGUGUGCAACCUGCCAGUGAUGAAAUAGAAAUGGUUAAUGCAUGGUUUGCUGAGAGAGUUCACACCAUCCCAGUCUGUAAGGAGGGAACCAAGUCCCAGAGUGAAUCCUGUGCUUGUCACCAGCCUGCCUGUGCUGAGAAUACCAACUCUGGGACCCCAGCAAGGAAAAUCUCUGCUUCUGAAUUUGACAGACCCUUAAGGCCUAUUUUUGUCAAGGACUCAGUAGGAGCAGUGAGCUUCCUCUCCGACUCUGAAAAGAAGGAACAGAUGCCUCUGCAAUCUCCAAGGAUUGAGACUAGUGCAGGAGAUCAGUGCUCAAGACUAUUAGAACUUGUGAAAGAUAUCUCUAGUCACUUAGAUGUCACAGCGCUUUGCCAUAAAAUUUUCCUACAUAUCCAUGAGCUGAUAGCAGCUGAUCGCUAUUCCCUGUUCUUGGUCUGUGAGGACAGCUCUAAUGAGAAGUUUCUUGUAAGCAGGCUUUUUGAUGUGGCAGAAGGCUCCACCCUGGAAGAAGCUUCCAACAACUGCAUUCGCCUGGAGUGGAAUAAGGGCAUUGUGGGUCAUGUAGCAGCUAUAGGCCAGCCUCUGAACAUCAAGAAUGCAUAUGAGGAUCCAAGAUUCAAUGCUGAAGUCGACCAGAUCACAGGGUAUAAGACUCAGAGUAUUCUCUGUAUGCCAAUAAAGAAUCAUAGAGAAGAGGUUGUUGGUGUGGCUCAAGCAAUCAAUAAGAAAUCUGGAAUUGGUGGCACUUUCACUGAACAAGAUGAAAAGGAUUUUGCUGCAUAUUUGGCCUUUUGUGGAAUUGUUCUCCACAACGCUCAAUUGUAUGAGACAUCUCUGCUUGAGAACAGGCGUAAUCAGGUACUUCUUGAUCUUGCCAGCCUAAUUUUUGAAGAACAACAGUCUUUGGAAGUAAUUCUGAAGAAGAUAGCUGCCACUAUAAUAUCCUUCAUGCAGGUGCAGAAGUGUACCAUCUUCAUAGUGGAUGAAGAUUGUACAGAUUCAUUUUCAAGUGUGUUUCACAUGGAAUCUGAGGAAUUAGAAGAUUCAUCUGAAAAUCUGAAGAGGGACUAUGAUACAAACAAAAUCAAUUAUAUGUAUGCUCAGUAUGUCAAGAAUACGAUGGAGCCUCUCAACAUCCCAGAUGUCUGCAAAGACAGAAGAUUUCCAUGGACAAACGACAAUGCAGAAAACGUAAAUCAACACAUAAAGAGUUUGCUGUGUACACCAAUAAAAAAUGGGAAAAAGAAUAAAGUGAUAGGGGUUUGCCAACUUGUGAAUAAGAUGGAAGAAAACUCUGGCAAAAUCAAGGCUUUCAACAGAAAUGAUGAACAGUUCCUGGAAGCAUUUGUCAUCUUUUGUGGCUUGGGGAUCCAGAACACACAGAUGUAUGAAGCUGUAGAAAGAGCCAUGGCCAAACAGAUGGUGACAUUAGAGGUUCUCUCAUACCAUGCUUCUGCUGCUGAGGAGGAAACGAGGGAGCUGCAGGUAACCGCGGCUGCAGUAGUACCAUCAGCACAAUCUCUCAACCUAACUGACUUCCACUUCAGUGACUUUGAGCUAUCAGAUUUUGAAACAACACUGUGUACAAUUCGAAUGUUCACAGACCUCAACCUGGUGCAAAAUUUCCAAAUGAAAUAUGAGGUUCUCUGCAGAUGGAUUUUAAGUGUAAAGAAGAAUUACCGGAAAAAUGUUGCUUAUCACAAUUGGAGACAUGCCUUUAAUACAGCACAGUGCAUGUUUGCUGCUUUAAAAUCUGGUAAAAUUCAGAGCAAACUGACUGACUUAGAAACACUGGCUUUGCUGAUAGCAACUCUCAGUCAUGAUUUGGAUCACAGGGGAGUGAACAACUCUUACAUACAAAGAAGCGAACAUCCACUGGCUCAACUGUAUUGCCACUCAAUCAUGGAGCACCAUCAUUUCGAUCAAUGCCUUAUGAUCCUGAAUAGUCCAGGAAAUCAGAUUCUCAGCAGCCUCUCCAUUGAAGAAUACAAGGCCACACUGAAAAUGAUAAAACAAGCCAUUCUUGCCACAGACCUAGCACUAUAUAUAAAGAGGAGAGGAGAAUUUUUUGAACUUCUAAAGAAGCAGCAAUUUAAUUGGGAAGAUCCUACACAGAAGGAGCUCUUUUUAGCAAUGCUGAUGACUGCUUGUGAUUUAUCAGCAAUAACCAAACCAUGGCCAGUUCAGCAACGGAUUGCUGAGCUUGUAGCUACUGAGUUCUUUGACCAAGGAGACAAAGAGCGGAAGGAACUCAACAUAGAACCAACAGAUCUAAUGAACAGGGAGAAGAAAAAUAAAAUUCCCAGCAUGCAGGUUGGAUUCAUAGAUGCUGUUUGUUUGCAGCUAUAUGAGGCACUAUCGCAUGUGUCAGAGGCCUGCUACCCUUUACUGGAUGGCUGUAGAAAAAAUAGGCAGAAAUGGCAGUCAUUAGCUGAACAACAAGAGAAGAAUCUGAUUAAUGGAGAAAGCAAUCAAGCCAAACGGAACUGAGAUGCUGAUUUAACAACCACAAGCUUCAGUUCACAUAGAAGACAUAGCAGUAGGGGGGUACUCAAUUUUGCCAAACUCUGUAUGAAUCUGGCUUAUGUUUUAACACUGCUGUAGUGUUUUUCCACAUUUCAACAUAUAGCAUGACCGUGUAUAUGCCAAAGUUAUAUAAAGAUAGUAUCUUUCUUUCAUUACAUCUGAUUGAGAUGGAAAAAGAUCUGUAAGGGUAGUUUUUGCUACCCUAUUCCACAAGAAGGUACGAGUGCAGUUACUCGACUGUCCCCAAAAGCCUAUUACUUCAUAGAUGUAUAUACUUGUUUAGUGAUCAUGUUGUGGCCAGUAUCUUAAAGACUACUGCAUUUCGCACCUUUUUUCCUCUUCCAGUCUUGCUGUGUUGUAAUGAGCAGUCUUACCUAUUCUUUUCCCAGAAGUUCAGAGGAACUAACUCUGGGGAGUAUAAUCCAGCAUAUACUAUGCUAACCUCUUUCAGGAGACAGGACCGAGCUUGGAAGUGAAAAAGCCCCAGAAUCUGUGCACCCAGUAGUUUUCUUUAUACUAGAGUAAUAUCUUAGCAAAUGUCUUACACAUGGAGAAAUUCUAAAAACCCUUGUGAAUUUCCAGGCAAUAAGGGUCCUAGGAGUUUUGCAGUAGAAGUGUCCUAAUUAUUCAUGAAUAACAGAAACUGCUUGAAGAUUGUUGAAAUGUCACAAUGUAACUGACAGUCUGCCAUGGAAGAAUAGCUCCCAUAGAAAGCUGCAAGAAGCACAAAGACAAGAGGAAACUGAACAGGAUCAUUUUAAACGCUGGUUUUAACUUCACAUGGAAGUUGAAUUUAACCGACAGACUGAAUCAUGUGCAGGAAGAGUAGAAGAGCAUGUGACUGCAAGAGAUGAAAAUCUGAAUCAGCAUGAUGCAGGAAAGUCACACAUCUGGUGGCUACCAAUGACUGAUUCUUCAGGCCAGUGCUAGUACAAAAUGGCUAUAACCACUUUGAAGAAAGCUUUAUGGCAACAUAUUUUUUAAAUCAUUUUUUGCAUUAGUUAAUGUUAACAAUGAUUAAUCUCAUCAAAAUACUGAAAGUAAAACCAUCCCAGAAUGCUACAGGCAUUUGCCAUUUGUAUAUGGGGCAAUAAAUGUUCAGAAAAGUAAGAAAAAAGUUAACUAAAAAAUUGUUUUGAAUUGGGAACCAAUUCAAGAAAAUACACGUUAGACAAACCCCAGAGGAGUCAUACAAAGAGAGUACUGUCCUUUGGGUAGAAGAGAUUAGGAGAUUAACGUUGGCAACCGAAGACUGGUUAGCAGUAGGCCUAACUACAGCUACACAGAGACACAGAAAAUGUUAAUUUUGAAAAAAAUCUGUAGUAAUGAUUUUUCAUUAAAAUCACGUUAGGCAAAAAUAAAACACUUGGGAUUGUACUUUGAAGUGAGGGAGUUUAUCGCAGUAAUCCAUGAAAUUCUAGUUGGAAACUGCACUAAAUUCUUCCCAGGAGAUUAUCAGUUCCCCCUUGUAAGAGCUCUUCAGAAACAUAACGAAAACAAGCUCUUUUUAUCAGUCUCCACAUUUAGAUAAACUAUGCUAGAAGCUAACAACAGUUGAAGUAAAUAUUUCAAAAGGUUCCAUGACACUGAGUUUCACAAUCAAUUUUGAUUUUAUGUAGAAUAAGGUUUUCUGAUAGUCUGCAGCACUUCUGCCAACCUAAGUUACUUGUAACUGAUUAAAUCCUAUCUGAAACUUCUUGAGUGACUACCAAUAAAAUAUUAUUGCAGCAGAAUGUGAAAACAUUUUUCUACAAGAGUAUUUAUCCUUAUUUUUUUUCCAGAUUUAAAAGAAAAAUUGAAUUCAACAGUAUUUAAGAAUUCUAAGGCUACGGUUACACAAUGCUCCCUAUGUGUAUGUAUAUGCAUACACAGUACAAUAUAUGCAUGUGGUAUGUCAUAGCUAUGCAGAAAAAUGACAGUAGCUCACUCCUGCCAACACACACUCCCAGAACAAAGUUUUUUAGGUAUUUUUUGACACAUAGCAAACUUUGCUUUAGGAUUUCCAUAGUCCUUAUAUAGUAUGUUCCUUGAAUGCUUAAGAACAGAAAUAUUAUUAUCCUAACUGAUGAGAUACAUAUUUAAUAAAUAUGAAUAAAGUAUAUUUAUAUAAAGGUGUAUUCUUGCUACUGUGGUUGAGACUAGUAAUUCAUGGUGAGAACACAGCUGACAGUACAGUGUAGUGAAGUAACAUCUACAGUACGAUCCCAGUAUUUCUUUGCUAUUUUGUAUGUUCAGCAAAACUUUGUUAUGAUGUACAUUUAUUACUACUACAAAGGAGUGCUGGAUUGGUACCUUUGACUUGAAAAAAAUGAUUCUGUUAAAAAUGGACAUGCCGUUUUUCCAAAGGUUCAAAUUAGGAACAGUUAUACAGUAUGUGCAUAUAUUUAAUUACACAUUUAUCCCACAGAAGCUCUUCCACUACAAAGAUUUGGACAUACACAGAAAUACAGUUGAUAGAAAAUAAACAAUUUAAAUGUCAUCUAUGUGUAUUUCUACAAAACAAAACCCUUUAAACUACUGGUUUAAGAACAUUUAAAGCAUAGAUUGCUGUACUUCAUGAAAUUUCACAGAGUGAUCAAAUUGUUUAUAUAGUGUUUUACUCUGCCUGAAGCCAAUUCAGAGUGUGCUGGUUUUGUGUCAUAGCUUUAUGUGAACUGUGGAGAAAUUGCUCAUUCAUUCAUAAUGUAGAUAGGUGAUAAUAUGAAAAAAAGUGAGGCUGUUUUUUGCCUGAAAUUAAUUGCCUUCAGAAUUCAACAUUUUCAAACCCAGUUAGUGGAUUACAACCAUGCAGGUCCUGUUAAUUUCAUCUUGACUGUGGAUCUAUUUCAUAUAUUCUCCCUAAUUCAUAUUUUGUCCACUGAAACCAAUCAGUGUGGAUUAUGGGAGAAAUAAGCUCAAAUUGAGUUUAUCGCUUUGCCAGUUUAGUCUUAAAUACAUUAAAACCAUUGUGGAAUUUGAUGUUUAAGUCUUCGGAUACAGAAUUUGUCCCACUGAAUUUUAAUAUUUGUCUCAAUGUAGGCAUCUAAGUUAGUAUCCUACUUGUUCUGAGACAUAGCCAUACUUUCUUUUAAAAGUCAGUCCAUUUCAAGAAGUUUAAUGUUUACCCUUUUCUUUCUGGUUUUGUUCCUGAAAAGAAAAAAAAAAGGCUAAUUCAUAUAGAAGACUUUUCAAAAUUACUAUUUAACUGAUUUGCCAACCCAUUGUACAGAAAGAUUAUGAAAAAUCAGGUCUAGCCCACUAAAAUGAGAGGAUAUUGCCCCAGUGAUCUCGUUGAUGGCUCUUGCAGUUACACAUGAGAAGACAGCUGAGAGUUUUGGUGGGAAGAUGCCUCACUUAUAAUAAAUUCAUAUAUUUUUAAAGUUUUAUAGAGACCUAGUAUUUCAGGCAAAUUUGUACAUUAGCUUUAGUUAGAAAUCUUGUCUCUAUGAUGCCGUUUUCUUGCUUCAUGUCAAAUCACGAGCAGUUUACAUUCCACAAAGUUUCAGCUUUAUUUCACAGUUCCCUGCAGUACUUCUUCAGGGGCUUGCACUAAUUGGAAAGAUAAGCUUGAACAUUGGAGCUUGAAAGAAAAAUUAGUUUGGCCAGAGCAUGAUAAAUAAUGAGGGCUGGAUCAUUUGGCUUGGACUUUCACAGGAACAAGAAACACAGCAGAUUCUGGCCUGGUAAUUACUGACACUUGCUAAAUACCACAAAUUGUGACAGCAAGAUAUUUUAUCUUUGUCAUUGCUAGAUGAAUGGAAGUUGCAUGGGAAAGUUUAUUUUCCACAUAAAGAAGUUUGUUUCCAUAGAGAAACUCAUAUCUAAGUACCACUGUUUGUAAAUGUGUAUUUAUGUGACAAUGCUAUGUAAUAGCUAGUUUCCACUACUUUCACAGCAUGAGUUUGUCAUGCCAGGGUCUACAGCAUGCUCAGAUGCCCACCUGAAGUCCCAUUUACCUCAGUGGGAGCUGGAUUGAGUCGUAUAGAAAGUGAGAAAAUGGGUCAAAUCCACCUUUUUUUGGCCUAUAAAGAGGGACCAAACUCUUACCCUUGGUAACACCUGCCUUGCCCGCUCUAUGCUGUAUUCAGCUAUUCCUGCUGAUGCCCAAGGUAACUUACAGAUGUAACCAAAAUCUGAAUUUGAGCCCUCUAUGUAUUCACGUGGAAGACACCUGCGUGUGUCUCUUAAAGAAUGUAGUGUGAAAUGCACUGUAAAUAGUUUUAAUAUACAUUUCUAUAAUAGUUGAAUAAAAACCUUAAUCACUGUCACUA